CCGGCGUCGCGCUCUUCGUUUUUAUCGAAAUUUCCCGUGCCGUCGGUGACGCGCUCACAUCGGACCGCGCGCAAACGGUGCCGAGGCGAUUGGCGGACAGGACCGGUAGAUCGUACGACCCGCUACCCGGCGUUCUUCAGGUUCGUCGCAAUCCCUGGUCCCGGUUGGUGCGUCAUCGUCAUCGGCGCCGUUGUUGCGCUCGGGGUGUGAUGAACGGUUAGCGCGUUCUCGCUCGCGCGCACGAGGUGGUCGGUAACAUCGUCGUGAAUCAGGCCGCGGUGGUGGAUCGUCGUCGGCAGGCGCGCGUGGACGCGGAACACGCGAGGCGGCGGAGGAAGAUGCAGCCGAACCCGGUGGAUUCGCAGAUAGGCCUCGAGCAGCACAUACUCGAGGCGAUCGAUCAGCUGCGUAGCCGGAAAGCGCGUCCGGACGCGGACCGCAUCUGCAACCUCCUGCUGCGGAAGUACUCGGUGGACGCGCGCGACACGAUCGCCGAUUUGCACCGGCUGAUCGAGGUGGAGAAGGUGAUCCAGGUGGACUACAAGGGCCACACCAGCUACCGGAACGCGUCCAAGUGGUCCCGCUUGCAGCUCUACAAGAACCGGCCGGAGGGCUUCAUCAAAGAGAAGCUCAACUCCGGCAUGAUAUCGACCGCGGUGUCCGAGCUCGUGGUCGGCGAGCCGGACUAUCUGGACCAGGGCGUGCCCGCCAGCCGGCUGAUCGAGCAGCUCCUCGACGGCAAGUCGAGCCCUACCUCCCGGCGCAUGGUCGAGGAAUUCCUCAACAAGGAGGUCUCGUGCGGCAACCUAACGCGCCUGUCCAACGGCAAUUACACGCUGGUGGCGACGUCCGAUGUGCCGACGACGCCCGACGACGCGCCGCGACGCGACUCCGCGACCUCGUCAACCACGGACGACGUCACUCCCGCCGCCGCGUCCCGCUCCCAGCAGAACGGCAACUCGUCGGCGACUCGCCGCCUCGGCAAGGGGAACGCCGCUGUUGUUGCCGCGCCGGUCAAAACACCCGGCAGCUGUAGCAGCAGCAGCCGCAGCAGCAGCAGAAGCAGCAACGGCAGCGCGGUUGUCAGACGGAGGAAAAAGCCGAUGAUGGCGGAGGCAGCGACGACGACGACGACGGCGUGCGCGGCUGCAACUACCACCGCCACGCUGUCUGUCGGCCUGUCGACGGUCGCGACCACGGCAGCUGCUGCGGCGAAGACCCUGGCCGCCGCCGCGGCGGAGCUCCUCUACGAGUUCGACGACACCGACAACCCCGCGACCGACUCCGGUGACUCGAAUACGCCGCGACUCUCGCGGCAAACCAGCCCAGCGAAGAUGGACCAGCCGGAGGACCCGCCGAAGAAGACCGCGGAGAUCGUCAAGAGCGACGAGCCGAUGGAGUGCGACGACAACCAGGAGCGCGUCCCGGUCCCUCCGCCGGUCUCCCUGCUGGCCGAACAGUCGCCCAAGUGCAACGAGGUCGCCCAGACGACGCCUAACCUCAAAAGGCCCACCAAGGCUGAACGCAAGCAGCGUCUGUUUGCGAGGACGGAGGACCCGAUGGACAUGAAGUUCGAGGACGAUCCCAGGGACAACAAGGAGGAGCUGGAGGCGCUCAAGGAGAAGCGGGACGAGGCCGAUCGACGGUCCAGCGACGACCGCGAGGACGAGGAGGCCGGCAGAAGCUCGACCAACACGUCGCCGACGCCGUGCAACGUGAACGCGAGCGGAUUCCGCAGCGCGCGCAGAAAAAGAGCGAAGAAGGUCUUCGAUCCCUCGGACAACAAUCUGGUGAAACGUAAACGAGGCAGGCAACCGGGUAGUCACAAUAAGAACACGCUGACCCAGGACUCCCAGGAUAUCGCCAAGGUGCUUAUCAAGGAUGGGCCCUGCAGACAGUGUAGUCUCUGUGCCAAGGAGAAGCAGGAAGCGUUGGUGGCCUGUAGAGACUGCACAGUGCGAGCGCACCCAAGUUGCAUUUACAGUCCGGAGGAGAUGCUGCAGAAGGCCAAUAGCAACUGGCAGUGUGAACGCUGCAAAAGUUGUACCGUGUGUUGCGAGACUUCUGAUGCUGGUCCCCUGGUGACUUGCUUCAGCUGUGACGAAGCCUAUCAUUACUACUGCCACACACCGCGCGUCACAACGCCGAAAUCAAGCUCCAAGUGGUACUGUAAUGAUUGCUUGCAGAAGCAGUACAAAGCGAACAUCGUCAGUCAGAACGCCAACUCGAUCAACACGAGCAGACCGAAUACGCCGUCCAACACGCCUGUCUUACCACCGGUACUCAGUCCGCAAGUUUCCCCCGCCAGAGGUUCCGAUCACAUGGAGGACGAUGCACCUAGAGACAAGAUCGAUCCAAAUAUCCCGGACGCUUCCGACUGGUCUUCCGAACAAGUGUAUCAAUACUUCGCCAGGCUGUUCCCCAAAGAGGCCGAAGUUUUCAGGCAUCAGGAAAUCGACGGUCAUUCGCUACUUUUGCUGAGACGGUCGGACGUACUGACUGGGCUUGACUUGCUCUUGGGGCCCGCAUUAAAGAUUUACCGACACGUCCUGAAGCUCCAAGUGCGCAGAGACGACCCCAAACUCUAUUGGUUAUAAUACAAGGACGCGAUAUAUAUACAUAUAUAUAUAUAUAUGUGUGUAUAUAUAUAUAUCUUGCAUGUGUGAUCAAAAGCGCCGGUCUCCUCCCGGUGUUAUUUCCCAGUCGCGCAGUUUGUAUUGUAUACAAAUUGCGAGCCUUCGUAUUGAUUAAGAUUGAGAGAGUUGACCUGAUUUCCUCGAUUAGCGUCAUUCGAUCCGUGUAAAUACAAGAUAUGAUUUAUUUUUAUAUUAUUUCAACAAUCGUCUCUUGUGCGAAACGCGAUCGAUCUGCGGACGGAGGUACACACGCGCAGGGAUCGGAUAAUGCGUGUAUACUCGCAACGGCGACAAUAUUAUUUGCAGCACGCUCUCUUUCUUGUACCUUGUGUGUAGGGUAUUUCGUUAUGAUACAGUAUCUAUAUACGCAUCAAUGUAUAUACAGGAGGAAAGAAACAUAUAUAUGUAAAAAAAUAUUCUCACGCACAUCAAAUUUCAGUUCUAUUCAAACGCCAUUGUAUCUUGAAGUACUUGUAAAAAGUACUCAGUAAGUUUGUGAAAGUUGAUUAUAUUAUGUAAUGUUGUGAUGAUGUCAAGUGUAAAUAGUGUAAAUACAUGAGAAAAAGGUACAGUAUUUAUCACAUUAUAAAAGUGUAACGAACUGUCGUACACUCCAAGGUACGUUCGUGUCGGCGUUGUGGCACUUGGAAAGCCUCGGUCACAGUUUAAGCAGUGGUCGCCGAGCACUCGUAAAAAGGUUCGAUGCUGCAGAUAUCGUUGGGAAUUAUGCGAAAAUAUACGUGAUCUUGAUCCCUGUAUACGCUAUUCCGCCCGCUUUAAACGUGUGCGGUAUUUUCUAAGAAAAUGCAAAUAUUUUUCAUCGGACUGUUACUUGUUAACGUUAACACUUAGGUCCAUAUUGAGAAUUCUAGACUGCUCGCGAGAAAGAGAGAGAGAGAGAGAGAGAAAGAGAAUAAGAAAUGCAUGUUGAAUGAAGGAAAUGAUUAUUUAGGAAAAAUCAUUUAUAUACCUUUGUAUUACAACAGAUUGAAUUGAAUUUUAUUAUUCAGUUUUACAUACAGAGGUAACACACACGCGCGCGCACACACGCAUACACACAUACACAUAAACACCACAUGUUUAGUCGUAGAUAAUUAUAAGAUACUCUACUACGAGGAACAUGGUACUUUGGUUUUACAAUGUACUUUUCUAUGCAAUAAAUAUUUUGAUAUUUA